UCAGCCGGUCGGUGGUCGGUGCUUUUGCGUUGAGUGUUGUUUUUUACGUUUUCGGACCAUUAUUUACGUACAUUUUAUUCACAUUGUGUGAAGAGAAGAGAAUGCAUGAGGAGAAAUGCUCCUAAAAUAAUUACAGCCCUUAAUUAAUAGCCUAGAUAACCUAAAAUGUUUGGUUCCUUACGAAGAAUUCUGCACUGGGGUCCCAUUUGUGUUUUGGGUAUAAUAAAGCUUGUGACAUGGUCCAUGGUGCACCUGAUCGGCAUGUGGUGGCCGCCGCAGGGCUCCCUCGGUGGCGCCAUCCAUGCUUGCCUGUUCCUGUUCCUGUCCGGUGGCACUUUGUACUACUUCCUGCAGUCUUUGCUUGAGGGACCGGGAUAUGUGCCUUUGGGGUGGAGACCGGCAAAUGAGAAAGACUCAGAAAACCUGCAGGCCUGCACAAUCUGCAAUGGAUACAAAGCGCCACGGUCACACCAUUGUAGUAAAUGUGGGCGAUGUAUAUUAAAAAUGGACCACCACUGCCCAUGGAUCAACUGCUGCGUGGGCCACGCCAACCACGCGUACUUCACGCAUUUCCUCAUGUUCGCCGUGCUAGGCUGUCUUCAGGCUUCUAUUGUCCUGUCAAUCUGCAUGUACCACGCUCUAAACCGGGCAUGGUACGUCCAGAGCGGCAUACGCGCUCCUCGCGUGCUGCUGACGCUCCCGACGCUGUUGCUGACGUUACUCGCCAUCGGCAUGUGUGUCGGCGUCGUGCUUGCUGUCGGUACACUGCUGUUUCUACAGAUCCGAAGCAUCCUUCGCAACCGCACCACAAUAGAAGACUGGAUCCUAGAAAAAGCAGUCUGCCGGCGUCAGGAAGCCGGUCUACCAGCCUUCGUGUUUCCCUACGAUCGGGGGUGGAAGGAUAACUGGCAUAUUGUAUUCAAUGGACAUCUGUAUGAUGGAUUAACGUGGCCGGUGAAGGAGGGUUGCGGGCAAUAUGAUCUUACACUUGAACAGCUAGCCCAAAAAGCGGACAAGCGCGUUCGCUCCCGUCUUUACACGGCCGUGGCCAACUACUCUGGUCGCUGGGUGCCCAUCUUCAGCAGGCCGAGGGCUGCUCUGGCGGCUCCGUGUACAGAUGAGCCCCGUCUACCCUUGCAGCCGGGUGACGUUAUAAGAGCUACAAGGCAGAGAAAACACUGGUUGUUCGGCGAGCGCGUGGAGGAGAGCGGCGCGGGUCGGGGCCCGCGCGGCUGGUUCCCGCGCGCCGCCGCCGUGCCCACCGACCUGCUGCGCCUCAAGCCUCACCACGACUAGCACGACUACAACACUAGCAUAUAGAGGUAACAUUACCUAAUGACCUAGUGAAUUCUAUGUUCAAUAUUCUGUGCUCUUGAAGUGAAUUUUUACGUCGUUUUGCGUUAUUGGCACGCGGUCCCAGAUUAAAACGCAUCUAGACCGUGGUGCCCUAUCUCCGUCAGAUCCGAUCGAUUCUUGAGAUUUUUGUGCUUUCUAGACGUGGUAAAGUGACUGCGUAAUUUGCCGAUUGAUCGAUCCGGCUCUGUCAUCACGGCAAGUAUUUAUACAAUAGAUGAUACCCAGAGUUAACUUUUUGUAAACGUAAAUGGUUGCAACCUGUUUAUUCGUUGCGACAAUUAUAUUUUUUCUGAACGCUGCCCUUCUACGCGUAACGGCCGUUGAAAAAACAGUUUGAAUUAAGAGUUUGUUACGAUUAAUAGGAUAAACAAUUAAAUGCAUUUUCCAGUGGCUAUUAUGGCCUUAUGCGCGAUGUUAAAACGAUAGAAAGUGCUCAAUUUACAAAAAAAAACUUACACGAAUCCUGUUUCGAACUGAAAGUUACUAUUUUGUUGUACUUAGAAGAAAAUUGCAAUAAAGUGAUAAAGUCUUAUAAGUAAUAAGUAUUCUUUUGCUGCCAACGGCAUAACCCCAGAAGUUAUAAAAUAAUGGUAUAAUGCAAAUACAAGUAACUAUUUUUUUAUGUUAUAUAAAUUGUUUUUAAUGCCAUGCCAUUAUUUUUAUACUAAUAUAUUCAGUAUUGUUUCUACAUACCAUUAUACAUCCAAUUGUAAAAAGCUUAGGUAAAUCCUAGAAUGGAUAUGAUUACAUAUAUUGAUAUAGAUUUAGGUCACUAUGACACAAAUGGGGCAUUAUCUAUGAAAAGGGACCUUAUUGUCGAUGGCGCUUACGCCGCACAGCGUCGCGCGGCAUUGUAUUUAUAUCGGAGCAUCGUUAAUAAUAAUGGCGUAAGCGCCAUUGACAAUAAGGUCCCUUUUCACAGAUAACGUCACAAAUAAAGGUUUCUUAUGGAUGUAACAAGAUCUCUUAAUACAGGUAUCUUAUCCUUAGACGUGGUUUAUAAAAAUGUAUGAAAUGUUGUAUGACGCGAUAUUUACGUGGUAUGUAUGGACUCUAUGUAUACUGCGUAGUUUUGUACAUUUAUUUAUGUAAAUAAACUUUAUUCGAAUAU